CCUCUGCUGUGGGUGCUUUGGCUCGAAGCUGCCAGGAUGUGCGGCAGCUUCCUGAGGCGGGUGGCCGCGGAGGAGAGCCGGCACCCCACCCCUGUGGGCCGCCUCCUGCUCCCCGCGCUCCUGGGGCUCCGCCUGGUGCUGCUGGCCGCCGGCGGGCCGGGGGUCUUCGGCGGCGGCGAGGAGCAGAGCGAGUUCGUGUGCCACACCCAGCAGGCGGGCUGCAAGACCGUGUGCUACGACGCCUUCCACCCCCUCUCCCCGCUGCGCUUCUGGGCCUUCCAGGUCACGCUGGUGGCUGUGCCCAGCGCCCUCUACGUGGGUUUCAUUCUGUAUCACGUCAUCUGGCGCUGGGAGGCAUCGGAAAAGGGGAAGACGGGAGAGGAGACGCUGGGCGGCCAAGCGGAGAAGGGCGGAGAGGCCGCGGGCGCCGGCAGCUCCAGGCUGCUCUGGGCCUACGUGGCACAGCUGGGGGUGCGACUGGCCCUUGAGGGGGCAGCCUUGGGGGGGCAGUACCACCUGUUCGGGUUCACGAUGCCCACCUCCUUUGUGUGUCGUCUGGAGCCCUGCCUUGGCAGUACCAACUGUUACCUCUCCCGCCCCUCUGAGAAGACCAUCUUCUUGAAGACCAUGUUUGGGGUCACGGGGCUCUGUCUCUUGUUCACGCUUUUGGAGCUUGUCCUCCUGGGCCUGGGGAGAUGGUGGAGGGUCUGGAGGCACAAAUCCCCGUCUUCUAAUUACUCCCCGACUUCAGAGAGUGUCAAAAGACGCAAGGCACCAACAGAUAACUUCCCAGUGGUGGAAAUAAGAGAACGGCCUGGAGAAGCAGGUGAGAGGGGCUCUGAGGUCCCUCCUUCUGCCUGCCCCUGAUGUAUGGGUCCUGAAGAUCCCCCACGGUGGGUCCCUCACCCUCUGGGGAGCACAACGCCCCCACUCUAUCAAGCAGAAAAGCAGGUUCUCAGCAAAUGUGUUCUGACCACCCAACAGCUGGAUGGUUCCUUCCAAUGAAUCAGGGCCAGAGUGCUCAGCCCAUUUUACCUCCUGCCUUUCCGUUAGGUCUCUUCCCAUUUAGAAAAAGUCUCAGCUUUUGCAGAGUUAUGAAGACACCUGGCUCCGCUAUGAAGGAAACCCAGUGAUCAGCUCUUGGCCCAGACAUCCAGUGAGUGGGGGUUUAUCUCCAUGGCAAAUGAAAGGGUGUGGUUGUGAAUCCAAGAGCCAUGGUGGCGGGGCGUGGGACCUGGUGUCCGAAGCUUUUCCUUGGAGAGUCCUGUCAUGCCUUCUCACCAGAAUUCCCUGGUGUCAGCAUCACAGCUUUCACAAGCUUGUUUGCAGAGCUGGCCAGCAGAAGCCUCCCUAAAACAGUGCCUUUCCCUGCCCUGCACAUUAAAUACUGACCACCGA